GUGGUUUCUCGGAAUUCAUUGUUAAAGCCAUUCAAACACUAAGAAACGUGUCAAUUCAAAGGUCAUAAAAGGAUGACUACUGUAAAGAGAGAACACGGCUGAAUUAGGCAAAGAUGAAGUUCAAUAAAGAGACCAAGAUGCUUGCCAUUGUGACAAUCAUUGCGCUACUGAUAACAUCAGCAGCAGCUAAAAGGGGCGGAGGUGGUAGCAUUGGUGGUGGAAGUAGAGGUGGCAGCUCAGCAGGAGGUGGCACCCGAGCAAGAGGAGGUAGCCCUGGAUUACAAAGCGGUGGGGUCCUCUCUGGAGGGAGGGGGACAACUAUCCCUGUUGGAGCUGGUGGUGUUAUGCCAAUAGUAAGGGGUGGUACCCAUGCCGGAGGACAUUCUGGCUCUGCCUCUCUUGCAAGGGAUGCUGCCCCCAUGUUUUUGCAUGCUCUCGUAACUCUUUGGAUAUUCUUCUGAUUUCUUAGUUAGAUAUAUAUAUAUAUAUACAAGUCUUAUGAUAGGUAUCUGUUUCUCAAAAGUUCGUGUUUUGUAAAUACAUCCCUUCUUCAUUCAUUGUUGAUCCUGCCUCCAUGGUUUUUCUCUAAAA